AGCCGUGCAUAUUGUUUCUCCACACUUUAUUGUCUGCAGCUUCUUUGCACUAGAGCAGUUGAUUUUAAGAAGGAUUACAUUAAUUGGAUUUCCAGUUAUGGAAAGUAUGGAAUUCCAAAGCAGAGCUUACUCCUAUAUGAUUCCAGAGAAUGAAGAAGUUCCACACAGGGAUAUUCAUGAUGUCCAUAAUACCAAUGGAAAUGAAGGCGAGAAAGCAGUGUCAAAGUUACAACGUAGGCACAGUGACAUAAAAGUAUACAAAGAACUUUGUGACUUUUAUGCAAGAUUUAAUAUGGCAAAUGCUCUUGCAAAUGCCAUAUGUGAGCGCUGCAAAGGGGGCUUUGCACCUGCUGAGAAGAUUGUUAACAGCAAUGGUGAACUGUACCAUGAACAGUGUUUCGUGUGUGCCCAGUGCUUUCAGCAGUUCCCUGAAGGUCUCUUUUAUGAGUUUGAAGGCAGGAAGUAUUGUGAACAUGAUUUUCAGAUGCUUUUUGCUCCUUGCUGCCAUCAGUGUGGUGAGUUCAUUAUUGGUCGUGUUAUUAAAGCUAUGAACAAUAGUUGGCAUCCUGAAUGCUUCUGCUGUGAUCUAUGCCAAAAAGUACUUGCAGAUAUUGGAUUUGUCAAGAAUGCUGGAAGGCAUCUUUGCCGUCAUUGUCACAACCUGGAAAAAGCCAGGGGUCUUGGAAAAUACAUCUGCCAGAAGUGCCAUGCCAUUAUUGAUGAACAACCACUGAUAUUCAAGAAUGAUCCUUACCACCCUGAUCACUUCAAUUGUGCCAAUUGCGGGAAAGAACUUACUGCUGAUGCUCGUGAAUUGAAGGGAGAAUUAUAUUGUUUACCAUGCCAUGAUAAAAUGGGGGUCCCCAUUUGUGGAGCAUGUAGGAGACCAAUUGAAGGACGAGUGGUGAAUGCUAUGGGGAAACAGUGGCAUGUAGAGCAUUUUGUUUGUGCAAAGUGUGAAAAGCCAUUUCUUGGUCAUCGUCACUACGAGAGGAAGGGCUUGGCAUAUUGCGAAACCCAUUACAAUCAGCUGUUUGGUGAUGUUUGUUUCCACUGUAAUCGAGUGAUUGAAGGAGAUGUUGUGUCUGCUCUGAAUAAGGCAUGGUGUGUGAACUGUUUCGCUUGUUCCACUUGCAACACUAAGUUAACACUCAAGAACAAAUUUGUUGAAUUUGAUAUGAAGCCUGUCUGCAAGAAAUGCUAUGAGAAGUUUCCUCUGGAGUUGAAGAAAAGAUUGAAGAAACUAGCUGAAACUUUAGGGAGGAAGUAAAGCCUCCUUCUAAUCUCCUGUUCCUGGAAAAAAAAUAGAAAAUAUUACAGAUAUUACUUGACUUUCAUUUUAUUUUUCUUUGAGGCUGCAAUCUGCGAUACACAAGCAAAGAAAAUUAGUUUCCUUGAUGCAUGACUAGCUUCAUACUAAAGUACUUUCCUCUUUUCUCUCUCAAAACAUGCAUCUAAAAACCCUCUCUACAUUUUAUAUAACUUGUAACUAACACAAGCAAAAUAUAUCUUCAGUUCUGUAUUGGAUAUAUACAUUUAUACAUAUCUGUUGAUCUGUAUAUUGUACUUGUAUAGUAAACUGCAAAUACAAAUUCAUUGUAAACUCUUUUACGGCUCUGGUCCUAGAGUUGAAUCUGCUUUAUAGCCACAAAUUUCAGUGAGAUUCUGUGGAGACCUAAAAUCUGCUUGUGCAUUUCCUGCAAUGACUUCACAAAUAAACCUUGCUUUCUGUACACAAAUAGUGCCAUUGAAGUUAAGGGUAAUACUUGUGCAUAGAAUUCAGCAUGUAAUCUUUAAAUGAUGUAGCAUCACUUUUUAUGGAACUAUUCAUUUUUAGAUUCAGAUCCAAGUAAUCAUUAUGAAGCCUUAUUUUAAAUGCCUCUGAAGUCAAACUUCUAAGUGCAACCACUGCAAAAGUGUAGUGCCUUUAAUAGAUAAAUAUUACAUAAUUAAUUUUUGUAUAUUAGAUUUUAAAGUUGUAAUGGAAAUAUAGAAAAUAUAUUCCUGUUGCAAGAAAUAUCCAUAUUCAGAACUACCGGAAUUUUGUUAUGUUCCAUUUAAAAUAAUCCAGUAACGUGAGUGUAUUUGUAUUUUACUUACAUUUUGUGCCUUAUUUUUCUGUACCUUUCACAACAGUAUUCAAAAAAGGAUGCAUUAAAUAUAUAUACAGUUUUAUUUUUAUUUUAUAUUCUUAUGCAGAAAAUGUAUACCAGGUAUUAUAAAACAUAAUAUGCUUUAACUACUUCACUUCUAUAGGAUGUAUGACGUUUGUUUUCUUUAAAUAUUGAGAACACUUGAAUUUUAAAAAAUACAUUGUUGUUUCUUGGCUGAAUUAUUUUUUUAAUAGUACCUACAAUAAUUCACUCUCAUGUCAUACAUCAGUGAGUGUAUGUAUAAAUGGUCUAUGCUAGAAGGUGCUGAGCACCUACAAUUGAGCACCUAAAAUGUCAGCCUUGAAGGACUGGGUCCAAACUGAUGAGAAUUCACUAUAACAUGCUUCUAAGUCUUAUAUUAUUCAUUAAUAGUCAUAAAGAAUCUAGGGCUUUUCCCCCUUUCUUUAUAAAGGUGCAGUAGUAUGGCAAAUUAAUAAAACAUUUUUUUUCAUUUAAUAUAGCAGCCUACAUAGAUUGUAUAGGUUAUGCUUUACAAACUACAGUUUCAUUUCAUAUCUUUUAAGAAAAUAUAUCUCUUGGUUUAAAAGCUAAGCUUUCCAGUGUGAUCAAUAAAGACUACACAAUUA